GAUUCAGGAGACGCUGCAGAGACUGACCGCGAUGGUCAGAGGAAUAGGAGAUCCACUGGUGGCUGUAUUCGCACGCACAUAUUUAUGCAGGGUGGGGAUGGAGGUGGCUCCGCAUCUGAAGGACAGUCUCAAUAAGAAUUUCUUCGACCUGCUGGCCUCAUUACGUCAGGUUCAUGGUGAAAGUGUGCAGAAUCAGCUGGUGCAGCAGCGGGUGGAGAUUCCCAUCUAUCUGACCCUCUAUUCUCCUGCCAUACAAUGGAUCCUGCAGUGUGUGGCUUACAGAGCCCCAUAGGUAUAUACACACUCCACUCAAGAGGAAAUGCUUGACUAAUUGUCUAAUUUUCAAUUAAUCCUAUGUUGAUUUAAAAUCAGACAUGGAAUAUUCCUACCAGAAAACUCAAACCUCUGCCCAUAAAGACGUUCCAUUGCAUGUUUGGAGGAUGUGUAAGAAUGAAAGCACUAUUAUUAGCUUUACAGAUGUUUGAUUGUCAGACAAAAAUGUCUCAAAGUCAAAACCAAACAACAAUGUGCAAUUCGUGCAUCUGACCUACAGGUGUACAAUUAUCAACAACUGUGUUUUACAGUACAUCCCCUCCUAUGCAGACGUUUCCUUUUAGGCCUCAUUUGACAGGCCUGUUAUUUGACUGACUGAUGCACACAAAUAAAAACCAAACACAACUAAAAGCCCAGGCCUGGUCCUCUCUCGUCCUUCACUGU